AGUUUCUUUCCCUCGCGUACCAUUUCUGCCAGAGAGUUAAACUUCUAUAUUUGCUUUCCGCGAAGGACACGCUUGAUUAUGUAAAUAUAAGGUGACAAUGGAGGUGAAUGAUACAGCACAUGAAUACCUUUCGCGAGGAGAGGAAGCCAUUCUGGUGGAGGAUGGGAUUGAUGUGGAGAGUAUUGACGAAGUAGUUUAUGUCAACGACAUCGGCGGUAUCAUCGUACCAGAGGUGUACCAACAGUGGCAAGAAGGUGCCGUUGCACUAGAGGAGAUCAGUGGUGAAGGGCCGCUCGAAAUCCAAGCCUACAUAAGCGAGGCUGAUGAUGCGUACGAGAAUCAGCCAUAUGAAUAUUCACAGAAUGAAGCUUUGUCUGCAGAAGAUGUCUCUAUGCAACCGCACAUCUCUCUCGAAGAUGCCGUUCCUACACAAUAUGAGGAUGAUGAAUUCGAAUACGCUGAAGAUCUGUUUGUACCUGAAGGGAGUACGAAUAGUGAUGAAUAUGAAAUGGAGGCAGAUAGGAUGGCGAAUCGAGGCCGUCGGAAACCACUGACGAUUGUACAGUGUGAAGUAUGCGGUGUUGUUGUUAAACACCCGUCAAAAAUAGAGGCUCACAUGCGCACUCAUACUGGAGAAAAACCGUUUGAAUGUGAGAUUUGUGGCACAAAGUUCACGCAGCGCACUCCCAUGCUCAAUCACGUUCGUCGCCAUCUGGGUCAGACUCCAUAUGUUUGCGGUUAUGGAUGUGGGAAAAGCUUUGUCAACAAUGCACAGAAGAAUGCGCAUGAGUUGAGGCAUACAGGAUCGAAGCGUAGCGGGCCUCCACGACCGUACUUGAAACCCCCUAAACGUCAUGUUUGGAAUAAGGCGGUCUCAAAACCUGAAAAUCGACCCCGACAAAGCGAUGAAGAGCGAGCCACAAUGGUUGAUUUUGCUCCUCCUGUUGGGCAAAUCGAGCCACCUAUCUCAGCUGCGGCCAGCAAAAGACUUGAUGAAGUAAUUGAGUCCGUAGUCACUGGAAUUCCGAUCAAAAAGCGCAAGACCAGGCCUGUUCGUGCGCCAAUGCUUGUGCAAUGUCAAGUUUGUGGGCUUAUGCUCAAGCAUGCUAGCAAAAUCAAGGCUCAUAUACGUACUCAUACUGGUGACAAACCGUACGCCUGCGACUACUGCGAUGCUCAGUUCAACACAUCAGGAACCCUCAAUAUGCAUAUAAAGAGAAAACACACGGCAGGUGAGCGACCUUAUGCUUGCACUUGGGAUUGUGGUAAGCGAUUUGUAAGUAUAUCCACCCGGAAUGAACACGAAAGAGUGGUGCACGCCGGUACCAAGAGAUACGAAUGUACGGUUCCAGGGUGCUAUCGUAUGUUCACUCGUAGGUGCUAUCUGAUGUUACAUCGACAAAAAGAGCAUGGGCUUCUGUUCAAACCAGUCUUCGAUCCACAGGAAAUAGAAAAAGCUGAGAAGGAAGCGGAUAUGGAGUUAAUGACUGAAAAGGAAGAUGGAACUACAGAGUUUGGUAAUCCUGAUCAGCUCCUCGUCGAUCCCACAACUAAUAUGCUUGUCCACGUCUCGGAAGACGGCAUGGUUCUUGAACCCCUAGCAGAACAACCCACUUUUGUUGGCGAGUUUGUUGAGGAAACUGUGGAGCCUGAAUAUGAAGAAGUUGUCAGAGAAGAAACAAACGAGAAAUCGCCCGUCCCUUAUACAUUUGCGGAACACUCGAAGACCGUGCGCUACGUCCCUUCAGACAUAGGCUUAGAUCUAGGCUCGUCCGAGGUUGUCGGCAUACCUUUACUCGAGGAAGAGAUUAACCAAAGUGGUCAUAGUGGUGAGGUACGCGAUAUGCCCGUGCUGACUGAAGAGAGAAACCCAAAGCUCGAGAAGAUCAAGGAAGAAUCCGAUCAACAGCUUUUUCCCAAACAACGGGUGGUAAAUAUCUUGAAGAGAAAAUUGCAUGUGCGCUUGCCUCAUUAUUUUGACCACUCUAAAAUGUUUGAGGAGGCCGCUACGGCGGUCGGAACUUCAGGAUUGAAUUAUAUAGGUUACGGGAGUCCUGUUCGUACGACAGUUGAAGAGCUGGAAGAAAAUGAGGAAGGCGAUCUAGAUGUAGGUGGCGGUAAUGAAGAACGAUAUGAUUAUGUUGAAGCCAAGGAGGAACACGAUUCCCAUUAUGAACGUAACUCUAUGCGCAAAUAUCGUAUGGUGCGACGAAAACCUGCUCAGACCUUUUUUUGUGCGCCGUGCAACAAAGAGAUCAAAUAUCCAUCGAAGAUUGCUGAACACAUGAGGAAGCAUACUGGUGAGCGGCCAUUUCAGUGUCAGAUAUGUGGUGCUGGUUUCUCGCAAGGACAUGUCUUAAAGGUUCACCUUCGGGGUCAUCACGGUGAACUGCCGUAUAAGUGCUCCUACUGUCAUCAUUCAUUCCAAUCGUUGGCUUUCAAAAAGCAGCAUGAAAAGACACAUUACCAACCGGAGGAAACGAAAGUUGGUCGGCAAUUAGUCAAUAUAGUUGUCCAUUCGGGAGCGAGUGGAGAAGAAGUGGAUACCGAUGCCAUGGUUGAUGAUGUGCAUAACGAAGAAGCAGUGGAUUCUCAUGCGUAUGCCUGCCCAAUCAUAGAAUGUGGUAUGCAGAGUCAAAACAAAGAAGAGGUAGAGGAACAUAUCGCUGCUGUUCAUGGCGACAUGCAAGAUUGGGUUGACGAGGGUACAGAAGCUGAAGCUUAUGCAAAUAGCUCUGAAACGAUCGUUGUUAGUGACGCGCAAGACGAGCAAGAACAAAAUGUCGUUAGCGAGCAACACCCCAUAAUGGUGACCGGCAACCAGCAGUACGGGUAUUAUCCAUAUGAGGAGGAGACCAUGGUAUUAGAUGAUCAGUCUGUAGAUCUCGAACUGGAGCGACCUCCUGUCAGUUUGGAGAGCGAAAUACCUCAAGAGGCACCAGCAGAAGAAAGUUAUCCAAAUGUGCCACUGCGGGUUUUUGAACAGUAUGCUUAUAUAGACGACCCAAAUGUUCCACCUCCUACUGAGGAAAUUGAGAUAGAGACAUCCGAGCAGCAGUACAUGCUAGAUGACAAUGAUCCUUCUCAUCUAUCUCUUCAGGAGACGAUUGUUUAUGACAACAUUGUUGGAAGCAAUGUUGAUUUAUUCGACUUAAAUCUCAAUGCUGAUAUGCCUGGAGAGGAACGAGUGCGGGUACUUAUGGAUCCGAAGCCUCCAAAGAAAGGUCGACUGACUUAUGAUGAAUACUAUGAUAGAAUGGUGAACAAGAACUUGCAAGAGAUGGAAGUAGAUGCUGCGACUAUAGAGAUGGCCGCCCCGGUCAAGCAUGUUCGUUUGAUGACAGAAGAGGGGCCUGUGGUGAUCGCUCAUCCCCAUGGUCGAAUGAGACGGAACCGCUUGAUCCGAUCGCAGUCAGAUCGGCCGCAUGGAGCCAGAAAUUUGGACUGGAUUAUUGACGCUGUUGCUAGGGGCAUUGACGUCGACUCUGCUAGCCCUCAUAAUCGACGGAAACCUGUGAUGCAUAAAUGUCAAUAUUGUGGACGUGUCGAUAAGUAUCCAAGCAAAAUUAAAGCUCAUAUGAGAACGCACACCGGCGAGAAACCAUUCAAAUGCGAUAUUUGUGGCAUGACAUUUGCACAAAGAACUCCGAUGCGAUUGCACGUCCGGCGUCAUCUGGACCAGAAACCGUACAUAUGUACUAUCGAAGAUUGCAAUCUUCGAUUUGUAUCCGGUGCACUUCUGAAUUAUCAUCAACAAACGAAGCAUUUCAUGACCAAGAGAUAUAUCUGCCUCAAAGGAUGCGGACGUUUCUUUGCCAGUGCGAGAAAUCAGCGGAAUCAUGAGGCCAGGUGUUUCUAUAAUACCGAGCAAGCUCACGAUUUUGGUGACGCUAUAUAUGAGCAGCUGGUCUACAACGAUCAGGAAGAGGAGGAGGCCAGUGAAAAUGACACUGAGCAAGAGCUUGAAGAGGCUUUGGAAGCUGUUGAGACAUCAUUGAAUGAUACGGAUGUAAAGGUUCUAGACACGAAACAACCGCAAUUUUUGCAUCAGUAGCGCGUUUUGUAGAUUUGAUCAAAUGAUCUCUAGUCAACAAAUAGCCUUUCCACUGCCCUUUUCAUCGUCAAAUUUUUAGGUAUCUGAGAUUUUCUAUAUGUGACUUACGUUUAGUUGUAAGCAACUGCCUUCAUGCGAAAUUCACUUCGUUGAUUUUUUUGCAGUUUUUUAUUGUUGUGAAUAUGAGCUUUACAGCUAAUUUUGCCAAAAUAGGUAUGGUUCUAUUUGAACUUGACAUUUUCUGUUAGAAACGGGUUGUUUUCUUUGACAAAAAAUUCUAUGACCGAGCCAUUUUUGUUGUUUUUGAUAUCUUCAUUUGUAUGUACCUUCUGUUUUUGCUGUUGACUCGAGUGUUGAACACUUUUACUAAUAAAUCUAAUCAUUGGUAUC